AUGGGGAGCCAAGGGCAGGAUUUUGAUUAUUCUCAAAGGGCGCAAUGGCUGAGGGCGGUUGUGUUGGGAGGCAUGGAAGGAUUAGUUUUGACAACAUUAUUGAUGAUGGGUGCAGAAAAGGUUGCACAGAGAACUGGUGCAGACAAAAAUAAAGCGAUGCUAAUAACAGGGUCGGUGGGAUUAAUUGCAGGUGCUAUGAGAAUGGCGAUCAUAGAACUCGUUUCUGUGUAUACACAAGUGGAUACAAUAGCAUUUCAAGCGGAAAGACAUAUGAAAGUUGGACGAGGAGGGCAGCAGACGUGGGUGAUUCCAAGCGCUACUGAAGUGGCUAUGGCGUCUUCGCUAGCUUAUCUGUUGUGGGGCGCAGCGCCAUUGGUGGCAGGUGUGUUUGUAAAUGAUGUUCAUGUGAGGUUUUCCAUUGCCAUGAUUGCAACUUCUUUGUCAAUGGUGGUGUUGGGAAUGAUUGGAGCUGCACUUGGAAAAGCCCCCAUUCCAAGGUCUUGUGCUAGAGUCUUAGUUGGAGGACUGAUUGCAGUUUCUGUAAUGUGGGGGAAGAUCAAAAUUCUUGGAUUUAUCUUAUUGAAGAUUUAG